AUGAAGAAACCACCUUCUUCCACCGUCAUCACAUAUCUCAUCACCGUCACAGCUUUAAUUAUCUUCAAUUUUUCACCGUUCUCCCAUGCUUUAGGCUCCGGCACUACCCUCGCCGUCACCGACUCACCUGCCACCGUCUGCGGCAUCGUAUCGGGCCAGUCAAUACAAAACAUUCAGUGUUACCGUCAAGGACAAGUCUCCUCCCUCCCCGUCUCUCCCAACGUCUCCUUUUCUUCAAUCUCCGGCGGGAAAAGCUACUUCUGUGGUCUCAGAGAAUCUCGCUGUCGGAGAUUCCCAGGUUUGUGCCACGGUGUUCGGUGUUGGGGAGAGAAAGGUGUUGCGGAAGGGUUGCAGAAUGAGUUUGGGAACAUGUCUAUGUUGAGUAUUGUGGCUGGUGGUUCGCAUGUUUGUGGUUUGAAUUCAACUGGUUUUUUGGUUUGUAAAGGAAGUAACAGUUCUGGAGAACUUGAUGUUCCUCAAGGUGGUGCUUUUGAGUAUGGUGAAUUGGCACUUGGAGAUGAACAUGGUUGUGCUAUUAGAAGAUUGAGUGGUUUUGUUGUUUGUUGGGGUGGAAAGGGUCGAUUUUCGGUGGAUUUUGUUGAAAGGCUUUCUUUUGAGUUGAUUGUUUCUGCUUCUAAUUUUACUUGUGGAUUGACAACAAGCAAUUUUUCUGUUAUUUGUUGGGGACCUGGUUGGUCUAAUGGAUCAAAUGGUUCUGAAUCUGUUGUUUCUUUGUCGCGGAUUCUUCCCGGGCCUUGUGUUCAAUCUUCUUGUAGUGAGUGUGGGAUUUAUCCUGAUUCGCAAUCAUUGUGUUCUAGCACAAGUCGUCAUAUUUGCAAACCAAAUGUAUGUAUUUCUCAAAUAACAAAUCCGCCGCCUCCGCCAGUUCAGCUUCCACCUCCAGUGUCUCCUCCUGGGUCGUCUCGAUCCAAGACAUUGACAAGAGGCUUAUUGGCAUUCGCAAUUGUUGGAUCAGUUGGUAGUUUUAUUGGUAUAUGCUCCAUAGUUUAUUGCUUAUGGAAAGGUGUUUGUUUUGAUAAAAAGAAAGUUCACAAUUCAGUGCAACCAACAAUCACAAGAGGUAGUAGCAACAGUUCAAAUACCAGCACAUCUUCGAUUAAAUCGGCCAUUAUGCGUCAAGGUUCAAGAAUAAUGAGGCGACAGAGGAGUGGACCUUCGACAACAAAGCAUCAAGAAAGGGCAGAAGAGUUUACUCUCUCCGAGCUUAUAGCAGCUACAGACGGUUUCUCAUUCCAGAACAAAAUCGGUGCUGGAAGCUUUGGUAUUGUGUAUAGAGGAAAACUAACAGAUGGUAGCGAGGUAGCUAUUAAAAGAGGUGAAACAGGUUCAAAGUUUAAAAAAUUUCAAGAGAAAGAGAGUGCAUUUGAGUCAGAGUUAUCCUUUUUGUCGCGGUUACACCACAAACACUUGGUUAGACUAGUAGGUUAUUGCGAGGAGAAAGACGAGAGGCUUUUGGUUUACGAGUACAUGAAGAAUGGUUCGUUGCAUAGUCAUUUGCAUGAUAAGAACAAUGUGGAAAAAAGUAGCAGUUUGUUGAAUUCAUGGAAAAUGAGGAUCAAAAUUGCUUUGGAUGCUUCAAGAGGAAUAGAGUAUCUACAUAACUAUGCAGUUCCUUCAAUAAUUCAUAGAGAUAUUAAGUCUUCGAAUAUUCUUCUUGACUCGACUUGGACAGGGCGAGUAUCUGAUUUCGGAUUGUCAUUGAUGAGUCCAGAAGCUGAUAUCGAUUACAAACCAACAAAAACAGUAGGAACGGUUGGUUAUAUCGAUCCCGAGUACUAUGGUUUGAAUUUAUUAACAGCAAAAAGUGACGUGUAUGGACUCGGAGUUGUAUUACUAGAAUUAUUAACAGGAAAAAGAGCUAUAUUUAGAAACGGCGAAGACAGAGGAAAUCCGUUGAGUCUAGUUGAUUUUGCAGUGCCUGUUAUUUUGGCCGGUGAAUUGUUGAAAAUUUUGGACUCAAGAGUUGGAUCACCGGCGGAGAGUAACGAAUCGGAGGCGGUCGAGUUGAUGGCAUAUACAGCCGUGCAUUGUGUGAAUCUGGAAGGGAAAGAUAGACCAACGAUGGCUGAUAUUGUGGCGAAUUUAGAGAGAGCAUUGCUUAUUUGUGAGGGUGGUAGUAACAAUGAGAUUGAAAGUGUUUCCAGUGUUACUAUCUCUGUUGUUUCAGAUUGA